ACCGCGUCGAGCCAUCGUCACUACGCAGUGAGGUCUCGAAGACUGCGUCGGACAAAAUGCAAUAAAUGGGGUCAUUCGUUAAUCGAUAUAACAUUGAGAUUUGUAUCACAUUUAGUCGAAAUUUCAUUCAGAUCGUUAUUUCAGAUUAUUUCAUUAGAGUAGAAAUUAUUUCUCCAACCGGGCUCGUGACCAUUUCGCAAUUCUUCUCGUUUCUCCCUUCUCCUCACGAGGCUCGCCUGAAGAGUGGAGGGUAUUCUGCGCCUAUGGAGAUGGAGACGAACGCAGUGACGAGCGCGUAUACUCCAGAUCCGAGCCAUAACCGCGUUGGGCUUCGAUGGUGGUGCGGCCGGGCGUCAUCAAUCGCCGAUUGGAAUCCGAGAUCGGGCAGGCGUGGGGGGAUCCGGUUCCACGGGCAACAGAAACCGGAGCUGAUGAGUGACAGGGGAGCGGCAGAAAGAACAAAACCGGACAGAGGGCACACAGCCGUAAGCAGCCGUCCGAUACAGGUCACACGCGAUCGCACUGGUGGUAAGGCACAAGGAAGCUGGUAUGGAGGCACAACUGUGGAGGCGGAGGGCGCUUAUGCCAAGUUGCCGACCGAGGCAAAGGCGAAAACAGGCUGUUCCGAGGAAGGGGUUGACAAUGCGCCCUCGCUCUUGAUGGCCUCCAACUACCCGAACCCUUUUUCGCUAGGCGCACCUCCCUGUCAGGCUCGGGCCCUCCAGACCUGCCGUUUGUCCAGGUCCGGCACCAUCGACGGACCUGGACAAACGACAGCAUGGCGCCUGUAGAUUCUGCAUGACAGAACGAGCCUCCGUCGUACCGAUCGGUAAACCUCCGAGACUCGGCCCUGCCGAUCGGCGAUCGGCAGGGGCGAGUCUCGGAGAUGAAGAUUCGAUCCCUGAAUUCAACCAUCUGGUCGAUCCCAUUAUAUGAUGCCCCCACAAUUGAGGUCGGCCACCACCAGCACACCGACCUACAUACGCGAGGCGAAAGCGAUAAAUUAAUAAGAAAAAGUUUGGGAAGGCCACAAGGAUGACACCGAAGGAGUGAAUCUGAUAGCACCAAUAGCUCAGCUCCGAUAGCAUCAGAAUGGAAAACAUGUCUUAUUACAUCGAACAGAUCCAACUAGAGUUCAGAGACCGAGACUCUGAGCUCGCAGAGAAGUGCUUUAGGCAUUUUCGUGAUGUUAUAAUGGAUUUCUAUAUGUGAUCUGAUCUACGUUUUUAGAAAUUCUUAGACCAUUGAUCAGUAAGGCCUAUUUUGACGAUUCCUAUAUCUAAAGCAGUUGAAACUGACUUUGAUGAUUAAGCUAUUGGAUGCAAUAUAUGUUAUUAAACGUAAGGUCACAAUGUGUGGUCAUUUUCUCGUGGUGGAGAAUUUGGACCGACAACUCUGAGGGCUCGAGAUUUCUCUUCCCGGCUGCAUAUUGUUGAAAGCAUGCUCGGUUGACGAUAACGUGGAGAACUUCACGACUUGGAUAUUCUCCUGACCGUCCACCUGGUGAGGAUCUAACCCGGAGUUUUCGAGAGCCACAGCGAUGGCGACUUUAGUCCGGACUCGGAGAAAGAGAAAACCGUACCAACGUCAUUCAUCCAGUCUCCUGAGAAAGAGACUCUGGUAGGGCUUUCGGACUGCUGCUGACUACCACUAGGAGGGCGGUGAAAGAAUUAUGUUCGGAAUUGAUGUGACAUGUAGGUCCAACGGACUACAUAUAAUUAAAUCGAUUAAAGUGAG